AUGGUCAAAAGACGUGGCCACUCCCUCGAGGAGCUCCUCGAACGCCCAUGGUGCUACUACUGCGAACGUGACUUUGAUGAUCUCAAGAUCCUCAUCUCUCAUCAGAAAGCCAAGCAUUUUAGAUGCACUACCUGCCCUCGCAGACUGAAUACCGCCGGAGGUCUAUCCGUGCACAUGAGCCAGGUUCAUAAAGAGCAAUUGACCGAGGUCCAAAAUGCGUUGCCAAACCGCAUGGGUGUUGAUAUUGAGAUCUUCGGCAUGGAGGGUAUCCCCGAGGAUGUCCUCAAGGCCCACCAGCAGCGUGUCGCAUCACAAUUUCAGCAGGCCCAACUGGAUCGCCAGCAUGCGACUGGCAACCCUCCUACUGGCGCCUUCUCUAGUGGCCAACCGAGCAAGAAGCCUAAGCUUGAACCUAUCUCAGAUAUUAAGAAACGACUGGCUGAACACAAGGCCAAGCGUGCGGAGGCGCUCGCCGGUGGUAGCAGCGGUGAUGUGACACCCUCUAGCGCUGUUCAGUCGACGCCGCCAACAGCUAGUGCUUAUGCUCAAUCGCCUCAGAUUGCGCCCGCUCAGCCAUACUCUUACCCUCAACCAUAUGGUGCCCCCGCCGCCGCUGUGACCCCUCAUUUCCCACAAACUGGCAGCCCUGUCUAUUCAAGCUACUCGCCAGUGGGCGGACAACAAGUCCCUGGUGUCUCGCCUUACACGCCAUCCGGAUAUCCGUCUCCAUUCCCCGCCGGACCUCCUGCCGGACUCCCCGCCGGACCUCCUGCCGGACUCCCCGCCGGACUCCCUGCCGGACUCCCUGCGCAGCCCCCAGUCUCCUAUGGGGCUCCUCCUUACCCCCAGCAGCAACCCCCACCAUCCGAUAACAGAUACAUGGGCCUGCCGGCCGCCUCGAACCUUCCCCAACGUCCUGCCUUUGGUGUACCUUCGGUCAACGCGCACGAGAUGCAAAAGAUGCACAUGGGACACGUGCCCCCCACCCCCGCAGCUUCGGGUCAUUUUAAUGGAGACAGCGCCCACCCAGCCGAUAAUGUCUCCACACCUGUUGACAAUCAGAUUGCAGGCCCAGCCAACGACGUCGUCUCCCAGGCAGAGGGUACCACCAAGCCAAAGAAAGAAAAGACGAAGCCCGCGAUUCGCCUGAUUUUCAAUGACGAUAAGUUCAGUCCCGAGGAGAAAAUGGCACAGCUACCUCGAUAUGCAUACGUCCCUGAUCAAAGCACACAAACCACCCUCGGCGAGCUCCCCGGCAAUGCAAUCGUGGGCGCCAUUCAAGAGUCUGAUACCGUGUUCGAUACGACCCAUUAA